UAACAUACACACAAAGCAAAUGAAAAAAAGAUACAUCGGAAUAUCUCAUCACGGCAGAAGAGAGUAAUUAUAUGUGUUCUGCUCGCUUGAGGCGCGUUGCAAUAACGCGUUUUGCCGCACGGCGCGUGCGGUGCGCUUGUAGACGGCGCGAGACGGACAGUGGAGUGUUGCUCCCCAAAAGAAUCAAUGCAAAUGUAAAAGAAAACGCGACCGCGGAAUAGCUAUUCAUAUCUCUUACAGUGCAUAAUGCCAAUGUCAAUCUGCUGAGCAUCAAGGUGCGCUGCUGGGUUGAUAGUGAACUGAUCACUCUUUUCCGGCAGCUGCCCAUUAAUAAAUGAGGGGCUAAACCAUGGUGCCACUGAACGUCUGUAACGCGAAACACGCUGGACUUGGUUGCUUAUUGCUUUCACUUAGACAAGAGAUUGGCGCUCCCCAACAUAAAAUCCAGGGACGAUCUGGAAGACGUCUCACAUGUUUUGGUUGAUUGUAGGAGUCACUCGUCUUUGAGGGAUAAUUAUAGACAUUGACUGGAUGAAGAACGGGGUUCUCCAAUGACCUGUCACUCAACCGACUCCACAGAAAGCAUCGAGCAUGAAAGUAGAUCGCGAACCGAAACCCAAGUCGCGGAGUCCGAGCAGCAGAGUCGCAUUGCCACUGCCAGGAGAGACCUUAAAAACACUGCAGGCUGGUAUUGGGGCAGCCUGACAGCCAAUGAAGCCAAGGAGAUCCUGCAGGAUACAUCAGAGGGCACGUUUCUGGUCCGAGACAGCACUCAGAGGGACUACCUCUUCACCAUCUCUGCCAUGACAUCAGCUGGACCUACCAACCUGCGUAUUGAAUACACGGAUGGCAAGUUCAAGCUGGACUCUGUUGUACUGGUCAAGCCCAAACUCAAGCAGUUUAACAGCGUGGUCCAUCUGGUGGAACACUAUGUUCAGCUGUCGAGGACAUCUUGUAAGGCCAGGACUACUCCACUUGCCCCAUCCAGUGGCUCAGUGCAGCUCCUUCUGACAACUCCUGUGUACACGGCCACACCGUCGCUGCAACAUCUGUGUCGUAUUGCCAUCAAUAAAACCACACGACAGGUACAGGAACUCCCUCUGCCAAACAGGCUAAAGGACUACUUAACAGACUACAGCUACAAUGUAUAGAACCGCAAGGACAACAAUGACCAUAAGUGCUGAGGUUUCAUGGUCAAGUGGUUCUGAUAUCACUUCAUUUGGUUGGGAUCCUUCUCCAUGUGCCCAAGGACUGCAUGAAGCAGAAUUUAAUACUAGUAUUAAGUGUCCUUCAUAGAGCACUUGACAUGUUGUGGGCUGUUGAUAUUCUACGGUCAGUUUUAAUGAAUGAGUGAGAAUGUAUGUGUAUGAUAUGGUUGGGGGUAUACUGUCCUUCACUGACAUCUAUGAGAUCUGAUGGGUAAGUUACACCCAUCAGAUAAUACGCCUCAAGUAUGGCCAUGCAUCUCUUGAAAAGAAGCAAACGUCUGAGAUAUUUUGCAUCCUGUGUUUGAGACAUGGGACUUUGAAACUGUAUGCUUUUGACUAUGUUUUUAUUUGCUCACUAUUCAUGUUAUAUUUUUGUACUGUAGUCUUAGGUAAGAUGAUCAUUUGAGCUCUUUUCUCUGUCUUGAUGUCAUGGUUGAGAAAGUUUAAGUCAAAUUUUGCCCAAGGAACUAGGGAUGGGUAUUGGCGAGUACCUUUGAUUUAUAUCCUGAUACCUGAGUCAUGACUUUGUCAUGAUACCUACUGAAACCCAAAAUAAAAUGUAAAAAAAUAUACUGUUACAUUUGAAAAAGCAUGCUUAUCCAAUGUUUAAAAAAACACCUGCUUAUAAAAACAGUAUAAAAUUGUGUAAAAUUAAGAGGUUUAAAGGAAUAUUUCGAGUUCAGUACAAGUUAAGCUCAAUCAACAGCAUUUGUGGCAUAAUGUUGAUUACCACAAAAAAAGUAUUUCUUUAAAAAAAGCAAAAAUGGAGGUUACAGUGAGGCACUUACAAUGGAAGUGAAUGUGGCCAAUCUUUGGAGAGUUUCAAGGUAAAAAUGUGAAGCAUACAGUUUCAUAAAAGCACUUACAUUAAUUCUUCUUUUAAAACUUGUGUAUUAUCUGAGCUGUAAAGUUGUUUAAAACAUUGUUUUUAUGGUUUUUAAGGUUUUAGGUUCACAGCAUGCAACCUAAACGAGUGGCAGCAGUGCAGUGCAUAAAAUCACGCAGCUACGGGUCAGGAGCUUCAGUUAAUGUUCACAUCAACCAUCAGAAUGGAGAAAAAAGUUGAUCUCAGUGAUUUGAACCAUGGCAUGAUUGUUGGUGCCAGAUGGGAUGGUUUGAGUAUUUCUGUAACUGUUGAUCUCCUGGGAUUUCCACACACAACAGUCUCUAGAAUUUGCUCAGAAUGGUCCAAAAACAAAAAACAUCCAGUGAGCGGCUGUUCUGUAGAUGGAAACAGCUUGUUGAUGAGAGAGAUCAAGGGAGAAUGGCCAGACUGGUUUGAGCUGAGAGAAUGGCUGCAGUAACUCAGAUAAUCACUCUGUACAAUUGUAGUGAGCAGAAUAACAUCUCAGAAUGCACAACAUGUCCAACCUUGAGGCAGAUGGGCUACAGCAGCAGAAGACCAUGUCGGGCUCUUGAUUAGGACCAUAGUGUUCCUAAUAAAGUGGUCAGUGAGUGUAUAGAUUGGCCCCAUUCACUUACAUUGUAAGUGCCUGACAGUAACCUCCUUUUAAAGAAAUUAGUCAAAAUUAUUUUAUGUGGUAAAGAACAUUAUGCCACAAAUGCAGUCGAUUGAGCUUAACUUGUAUUGAACCAGGGAUUAAACUUGCCAAAAUAAAGUUCUUCAUGGUCUAAGGGUGCAUACCUUUGCAAAUAAAAUACCAGCUAAGUAUUUAUUGCACACACUGAACCAAGGGGUAAUUAAUCAUCAUGGUUUGUGUGUGCUUUUGUUGCAUAUGGUGAACCAGUUUUGGUCUAUGUUAACCCUACCUCAUGUAGGCCUUAAUAAACCUGCAUGCUGAUUGGUCAUAUUUGGAGAAUAUUUGAUUCUAUACUGAAUCGUUAUUUUGACACAGACCAAAAAGGAAUGGCUAGGUCAGAAGCUUCGAAAUUCAUAUAAGCUGCUCAUUUUUACUUUCUACUCAAUUCUACUUGUGAAGUGAUUAUAAGGAAAAUUGGAUUUUCUAUUCUAGUUUCUGACUUAUCUGACCUCCUUUCUAUUUUGGUUUUGUGAAACAUAAUUUUAUCACUUCAAGCAUGGCCCACUCAAUGUUCUGUUCAUAGUUCUGAUUGAGUGUUAAAUUCCUACACCUCAUAAUUAGCUUUUUUCCUUAUUUUCAAAUACAAUAUUUAGUAGUAUUAUCCCGAUUGCAGUAAUCUGAAAUGGAUUACUGAUUGGUGUUUUGAUUUUUGCUUUUUUUAUUUUUUUUUUAUUUAACUCUCAAUAAAAGUCUGUUCAUGACAAGCUAGAGAAAAUCCUGAUAACCACUACCAACUUAAGGGAUAGUUCACCCAAAAAUGAGAAUUCUCUCAUCAUUUACUCACCCACAUGCCAUCCCAGAUGUGUAUGAAUUUCUGUCUUUUGCAGAACACAAAUGAAGAUCUUUAGAAGAUAUUGCAGCUCUUUAGGUCCAUACAAUGCAAGUGAAUGGUGACCAAACUUCGAAGCUACAGAAAGCACAUAAAGGAAGAAUAAAAGUAAUCCAUAAGACUCCAGUGGUUUAAUCAAUGUCUUCUGGUGAGAUUCAAUUGGUUUUAGAUGAGAACAGACCAAAAUAUAACUCCUUUUUCACUAUAAAUCUUGACAUCAUCAUUCUCCUUGGCGAUAAUGAUUUCAAGCUCAAUUACACUUCCUAGCACCAUCUAGCGCUCUGCGCAUGCAUCAAGCACUUGGAAGUGUAAUCGAGCUUGAAAUCAUGAUUGUCAAGGAGACUAGAAAGACCUGAUUCACAGCAGCGCCAUCUUUGAUUUUUGACAGGAAUGCCAACAGGCUGUGAGGGAGAGACGUACAGUCUCUUUAAUGGGUUGUAUUGCAGUUUAAAGUGUUUCUGGAUCGUUCCAAACAAAACAUUGAAAAAACAUAUUUUUUUAGGAACAUUCAGUAGACAAAAAACUCCAGACAACAUGAGUUGUGGAAAAUCAGAUGUGAUCUAGGAGCUUUUUACAGCUUUAUAACAUGUGUGCCAUUGAAGAGAGGUAAGUCUAUCCCUCACAUCCUUGUUGUCAUUCCCAUUAAAGAUGGCACUACCAGGAAUAAGGUCUACAAUGAGAUGUAAGUAAAGAUGUACAGUGAAAAAUGUGUUACAUUUUGGUCUGUUCUCACCCAAAACCUAUUGGAUCACUUCAGAAGACAUGGAUUAAACCACUGGAGUUCUUUGGAUUACUUAUAUGCUGCUUUUAGGUGCUUUUUGGAGCUUCAGAGUUUUGGUCGCCAUUGCAUUUUAUGGACCUUCAGAGCUGAAAUAUUCUUCAAAAAAAUCUUCGUUUGUGUUCAGCAGAAUAAAGAAAUUCAUACACAUCUGGGAUGGCAUGAGGGUGAGUAAAUGAUGAGAGAAUUUAAAUUUUUGGGUAAACUAUCCCUUUGACAUAGGUGAAAAUACACCUCAUACCAAUCUACCAAGUUAAGCCAAAAAUGUUACCCACCAUAAUCAUAGAAGGUCACUCUUUGCUAACAUCUCUCAAAUCCGGUGCUGAUAUUGUUCCGUCCAUGGUGCUUCCUUAAGGACAUGGUAACUACUAUAUUCAUUAAGCUGUGAAUCCUGCAUUUAAGCCAAAUUCUCCACUAUAAAAAUUCCAUGUCAUGAUAUAAUUCUACAACAUUGUGCUGCAUCAGUAGUGAAUGGAUUGUAUCCCAAUAAGUGAGAAAUAAAAGCAAGCAUAGCUUUAUUUAAUAUUCUGUGACUGUCUUUUUUGUCAACUACUGAUAUUAGACAGGGUGUACUGAAAAUACUAUGAUUUUUGUUCUGUGUGUAGCUGUUAUUAAUACAUAUAUGUUGAGGUGCAUUAGAAAUUUGGAACAAAACAUAAGCACUUUUUGGUUUGUUUUUCCUCAACAAAUUCACUCCUUUAUUUUUGCCCCUGAAUGAGCCAAUCAUAUGCUGAACUGAAAAUAACACCCAUCAUCAAGGUCACACACUCACAAUACAGCAACCUGGCAAACUCUCAAACCUUCAAAUAAACCUCACAUCCUACACUGACGUUUGGUUGAAAAUGUUCAGAAAAAAUAUAGAGAUAAACCAAACAUUUUGUAUGUUUUUUUAGCAGACCAUCACUUUUUACAUCAGUCAGCAGGUGUAACAGAUAGCCAGAUUGAUUUUUGUUGUUUGUUUGGAAAUUUUGUUGCGAAGAUUCACUUAAGCAUUUCAUCACUGAUUCAUUAAUCCAACAGUGUUUGCAGUCAUGAGUUAUGAUUUUCAAUCUGCAUGAUAUUUCAUGAUAGCUAGUAUUUCAUUAUUUUAUUUGUGCAAUGUUAUCCCUGAUGUUGUUUUAACCCACAUAAACCCAAAUCCUAACAUACUACCUCAAGCAUUUAAUAAUUUUGAGUUAGUUGGAUUAUUUUCAUGAUUUCUCUAUUUCUACAGGAAUUUUUUUAGUUCGGUCAAUUUAUCUG